AUUAAGUAAAGAAUCAAUUAAAAACAAGGUAAAAAGAAUAAAUUGAGAUUAAAUAAAGAAGUAUAUAUGCGCUGCUUUGUAACAGUUUCCAUAAGUACUUAAUAACAGAAAAGUUACCAGUUAUAUUGAUGUUAUAUAAAGUUAACAGUUAUCAUAUAUUGAUGAUGAUUUAUAAUUAAACGUGAACUUCAUAAAAAUAAUUUUAUUAUUUUUCAUUAUUAUGUAUUCCUUAAAUCCUUAUCUUAUAACUUUAAAUGAGCAAUUCUUAUACAUAUAUAAAUUUAUUUCGUGUGUCUCAGAAACGGCUCUAAUGAUUUGGAUCAUAUUUGAUAUCUAGAUAAGGUCUUCUUUUUAAGUUUAUCUAUAUAAGUGCCUUUCUUGAAAAAAUGAGAUUUUAUACACAAAAAUUUUUUUUAACUAAAAAUUGGCAUGUGGUUAUGCAUGAACUGCAUAAGUGUAUCAAAGAUGGAGUGGUAGUUAGAGCUUUGAACUCCCAGGCAUUUUAUAUUUUACGCUGUUACAAUUUUUGUUAGUUAAUCCAUGGCAAUCAGAUCUGAGGGAGUGUUAACAGGACGACAGACCUCCUAGAACGGCAUAUUUUCCAAUUAAGUAAUAAAACCGUUAACUUUUUUUCGAUUUUUUUUAAAGUCCUCCGAUCCAUACUAAUAUAUUGCAAAACUUGCUGCGAAUGUACCGGUACGUGCAGACUUUUACAAGCGACCUUGAUGAAAACGUGUUCUUUUUUCAGUAAAAAAUAAUAACAAUUCUCUGUAUCCUAAGCAUAUGAAAAAUGAAAAAAUUAUUUCAGAAAGAUGAAUAUUCUCUUUUUCAAGAAUAUAUUUGAUUAUAGAAAAAGUAAGGGAACGCUCAAAAUAUUGAGAGGGGACGAAGGUCGCUCUGUAAAAGACGCACUUAAAAUACACUUUUUGUUCUGAUUCCGGUCGCGUACAGAAUUAGAAAGAAUAUUUGUUUGGAUAUAUUUUUAUGCAGCAUAGUCCACUUAUUAAAACCGGUGUGUUGUACGAGUAACAAUCUCACUUACGAAUAAUUUUUGGUUUUAAAGAAUUCAGAUGUCGUCAUAUCUAGAAAUGGUUUCUUCGGACCGAUGUGAAAACGACUAAAUGGUAAGUUCGGAGUUUCACUGCCUCUUCUAAGCUACAUAACUUAUUUUUGAGUCGUUUUCUUUGUUUCUUCCGAUGUUUCUGAUAAUUGUGGUUAAAAGAUAGAGAUACUUUUAUUAUCCUGUCUGAGCUUUCACUGAAGUUUAUUUUCCCGUUCAAUAAGUCAGACUCCGCCCACCUUAUCUGAAAUUUUUUUGCUAUAAUUGUUCAAUUCAGUUUGUGAAUGCAUUCGUUUGGAAGUGGUCUGAACAAAAAUAGAUUUUACAUUAUUUUAAAUUUCAAAAAUAUUUCUUUUCAGGUUCAAUUGUUUUUUGCUCUAGAAUUUUUAUUUAUAUUUUAAUCAAUUUGUAAAAAUAUUUUAAACGUAUUUUAGAACAAUUCUUCAUUAUUGAAGCGAAACUAUAAUUGUUUUUAUUAUUCCUAUAAAUAUUUCAUCCUGUUUUGUUUCUUUGUUGAUGAUCACGAUAUGAAGAUUCGGCUUAUUUUUCUACCCUGAAUAGGUUUUAGUACAAAUCUUCCUUUCAAUAAAUGUUUUAGAAUUUCAUUCUUUUUCAAUUAAAAUUUCAAUUUAGAAUAGAUUAAAGGUAAAAAAAUUUAAAGCACUUCCAAUUUUAAAUAAUGAAUUAAUAUAAAUAAUAAAAGAAUUAAUUAAAUAAAUGGUUAAUAUAAAUGAUAAUUAAAGAUAUAGACAUAAUAAAAUCUAUAUCUUUUCAUUUUAGUAUAAAUGAAUGAUUAAAGAUAUGGACAAAAGAUUCGAUAUAUGCAAAGCACAAUGAAUUGAACGUUAGCAUAAGUUAUAUGUUUAUCAAAAAUCGGAGUUUAAAAAUAUUUUGAUGAGAAAGCAAAUAUUUUGAUAUUAAAUAUUUUGUAUAACAUAAAAAAUUACGCAAAAUAUUUAAUUGAAAUUUUUAGCAAACUAUUAAUCUCGGUAAACAAAUUGGCUUAGCAGUAGACAAGUAAUAAAUAACCAAAAAGCAUAUGUACUUCCAAAAGUUGUUACCAAAAAAUAAUAAGUCUAAAAUAUUUCUUUAAUAUUUUUAAAGAUAAAAAUGUGUUGAAAUGAGGAAAUACGUCAAUCAGUUUUUUAGAUGAGAGACCUUAUAUAGCGCAAUUGCUAAUAUCGCGAAAUGCUUACAUCUGGAGCUAUUAAUCAAAUAUUUGGUUUUCGGGUUUAAUUGAACACCUAAUCAAUUUGAAAUUUAUUGAAAUCGGAAACCUGCAUUGACACAUUUAUUGAAAUCGGAUAGUUCAAUCGGCAACUAUGGGAUAUUGGGAAUUCCUAAUGAAUUGAAAUCGGAUUUAAUUGAAUAGUUUCUAGUUUUUAGCAAACCCAUAAUCCCGGUAAACCUCCUGGUCGCAACAGGCGGCUUAUAAUAAAUAAUAUAAAAGUUUAUGCACUUUAUAAAUCUUGCUAUAGUAAAAAUAGUAAGUCUAAAAUAAAUCAUUAAUAUUUUUAAGAUAAAACUAUAUUGAAAUGUGGAAAUAUUUUUAUGAGUUUAUUAGAGGAACACCUUAUAGAGUGUCUAAUAUCGCAAAAUGCUUAAAUGAAGGAAGCUACUAGUCAAAUAUUUUCGGAAAAUUGGUAUCAGUAGUCAAAUUCGUAGAUUAACUUCCUGGAGCCAGAUUAAAUCUACUUCGAAGUGACUGGUCACGGUAUCCAUCGAGAUAAGAUUUUCCCUUUUUCAAAAACGUUCUUAUCAGAAAUCCCCCCCCCCCUUUUAAGAAUACACUAAAGUAAUUUCAGACCCUGAUAUCAUGUGAGUACUGACAAAAUAUCUCGUCCCAUGUGAGAAUUCACAAAGAAAAUCACGAGAUCGUGAAAAGUGUGAAUGAUCUAAAGAUAACAAGACAUUGUCAUACAAAUUCUUCAGUUAACUAAUUAUUCACAUCUCACUGAGGAAUGAGGUAUAGAGGUUGUGUCCUAAAAAUCGGACUUUGGCAAGGCGUUGUAUCUGAUGAAAUUAUAAACAUUUAAAAUUAAUUUUUAUACUCCAACUGCUUUUUAACUGAUUUUUAAUUCUUAUUUGCUUUUAUCUGCAGGAGUGUAUUGGGUUUUAUUUUUGUUUUUAUUUGUUAAAAGCGAAUUUCCUUUUCACAAUAGUCGAUAAUGUCAGAGGGACGUAUGUGCCAUGUCAAUACGCGCUUCUUGCCCAUCAAAGCCCACUAUUUUUUCUUUUUUGGAGCCAUGGGAGGAGUGAUGCCAUUUAUGCCCGUGCUGGCGAAGAAUCUCGGAAUUAGUUCUACAGCUGUUGGACUCGUCUACACGGUGCUUCCUUUCUGCGUGUUUUUCUCGAAACCGCUCUUCGGCUUCAUCUCAGACUUGUUCCGAAACAUAAAGCUGAUCGUCUUCCUGCUCGUCUGUGCCACGUCCGUAGGCUACUUUUCAGUCAUAUUCCUGCCGCCCAUCGAUAACGUAAAAUGGAUUCACGUGGAUGCCCAGUGCCAGAACAUGGAGAAGUCCAUAUCUGUUCUGCCAAACGAAUACGACAGACGUUGCUUUAGAGACGUUCUCAAACAGGGAGUGAACGGUGAACUCAAUUUCAUGCCUUGCAACACAAAUAGCACACUCAUCCUUCAUGAGAGAGUCACCACCAGCAAGUUUUUGAAUGCAACUACAGAACAAUCUGCUGAUUCCAGUGGCAAAUUAUGGCUGAAGUUCACGCCUGAUUCACGAUUUACCUGUGGUUGCAUCAAAAACGGUUCAUCUUCUUUCAAAAGUGUUAAAAUGAAUUCAUGUUUGCUGGGGGACAACGACUCGGUGUAUAGGACUUACCAGUUUUGGGUUUUUACCAUACUGGUAGUCAUUGGGGGUACAGGAUCCGCAACUGUAUUUUGCCUCAGCGAUGCUGCCUGUUAUGAAGUCCUAGGAGAACGGACUGAGUUAUAUGGAAGACAGAGAUUGUGGGCCACCAUGAGUUGGGGAUUUGUAACUCUUUUAGCUGGUUUCUUUGAUGAUAUAGCUACAGGAAAUUCUGAUACCACGAACUAUGUCCCUGGAUUCUUCCUAAUGCUAAUUCUAGUUGCUAUUGAUCUUCUUUUAUUAUUGAGAAUAAAACUUACCAAGGCAAACUUUUCAAUGCACAUAUGUCAAGACAUAGGUCAAAUAUUCUCCUCCUGUGAAACCGUUGCUUUUGCAAUUUGUGUUUACAUUAUCGGUGGUUUGACGGGCCUCAUAUGGAAUUACCAGUUUUGGUUCCUGGAAGACUUGGGCGCCACACGGACUUUGAUGGGUCUUUGUGUAGCUGUUCAAUGCCUAGUUGCUGAAAUACCUUUCUUCUUCUUUGCGGGGUGGUUCAUCAAGACUUUUGGAUAUUUCACUUGCAUCAUAGGCUCCUUCAUUGCUUUUACUUUCCGACUGGGACUCUACUGUGUUCUGGAAAAUCCUUGGUUGGUUCUUCCUGUUGAAAUAUUCCAUGGAUUGAGUUUUGCUGUCUUCUAUGCCUCCAUGACUGGAUAUGCAUCAAACAAUGCCCCGCCAGGAACUGAGGCAACUAUGAUGGGUAUACUGGGAGGUCUUUUUGAAGGCCUUGGUGUCGCCACGGGCAGUCUUCUCGGUGGAGUCGGUUUCGACAGAAUCGGUGGCCGUAAGACCUUUCUGAUAGCCGCCAUAAUCAGCUCGAUCUGCAUCCCAUGUCUCGUAUUAGUUCUACUUCUUCUACGGAAACUUCGACCCAAAGACAGAAUUCCAGUUCCAUCAAAUGCCAAAGACUGUUCAUAACUUUCGUAAAUGAUAAUCGUUUAAUGCAUGAUUAUUUGUUUUGCAUCAUUUCAUCAUCUUCUUCAGACUCUGCCAUGUUAGAAAUCAAAGAUAAAUAAACUCGUCAAAAACAAA